AUGGGAUAGUAUUAUAUUUAUAUAUAACAUAGUAUCAAAUGUCAAAAACGAAGUACAAUUAACCUGACAAAAUUUAACAAGUUGUAUUGACAUAAUAUAUCCUAACUAGUGUCUUCUAUUGGAUGAUGUUGAGAAUGUCAAAUCAUUUGAGGUGUUUUAUUGCUCGAAAUAUUAUAUAAUGA